CGCUUGUGCGGAUCAUGUCCUACCUGAACUUCACGAAGGACUUCGGCAUCACCUACGUACGGGGGUCAGGACUAGACCUAAGCGUGUUUGUCGAUGCCAGCUACGCUGACAACGAAGUAGACAGGCGUUCUACGACCGGGCUAGCUGGCGUGAAGGAGGCGUUGUGUGUGCGUGGCGUUCUGUCGUUCAUAGCGCCCGAGACGAGUGGGGCGGAGAUCAAGGACCUUGAGGACAACAAGGGGGCUCUCGCCUUCAUCGAGAACCCGUUCAGCUCAGCGAGGAGCAAGCACAUCGACGUGCGGUUCCAUUUCAUUCGCGAGCUAUUCAAGUCGGGCAAGAUCACUGCAGAGUAUGUUCCGACUGGAGAGCAGCACGCCGAAUGGCUGACCAAGGCGUACGACACCUCGAACGGUGCGGACUACCGAGGUUCGAGGAAGGUGACGCUCGGGCUCUUGUCCGGCUCAGUGCUACCGAUGUGGUCCGCCCUGGAGAAGACCGUCGCCGUUUGCCGUUCACAGAUGACCAAGGCUGAGGAGGCACUCAAGGUGUUCGACCGUUGUGGAGCCGUUGUGGUGAACCGGGUGAUCCUGGACGAUUCUACAAAGCUCGUGGGGGUUCGGCUCCCAACCACGGCGCUCUCAACCCUGAGACAGCAUCUGGCAGAGGCCGUGCAAGCCAGAAAAGCGGUUGUCGACAGCGGUGGGGGGGGGGGCGUCGAUCCCAUGUCCCCGAUUAACCCGAAAACCCUCCUCCAGGUCAAAACCCCUCCCAAUAAUAUUCUCAGCUUUUUCGGGCGCGCUACUUCCCCCUCUCCGUCAUCUGCGGCAAUUCCGUCCCCGGUCGGCGGCAAGCGCCAAGCUGGGGUUUCCAGUGGCGGCUGCUCUGCCGGUAGAGUGAAGAAGAGAAAGGGGUCGGUUGGUGGCUCGGAGCGGAACGCUGGGAAGAACAGCGCUAGUAGCACCGUCAAGGGUGUCGCUGCGUUGUUCGGCUCCCAACUUGGUAGCAAGGACAUCGCCAGUUCGACGGCCUCUGCGAAGAGGGAUGACCCUCCUGAGGUUAUCUCGAUCGAUGACUAGUGAUCCAUGAUUCUGCCACACUCGCUCGCUUUGGUGGCCUGUGAUCUCGAUCGACGAGUAUAUUGUCAUCCUUUAGGUCUCCAACAUUCGCUGGCUUUGGUGACUGACGAGGAGUUACCGAUGAUUCUCGCACAAUCGAUGGGUUCGGCGACCUGCG